ACAAGUGCCUCCGAAUGCAAAGAUAUAUGGAGUCUCACCACCUCUUAACUUUUCUUAAUUUUUGUUCUCAUUUUCAUUCUUGAUUUAUUACCAUUAAUCCUAUUUUUCGUUCUCGUCACCCUAUUCAACACGUUCACCAUGAAGAUGAUAGAGAUUCCAAUAUCUGCCUCUACGGCUUCCAUUCCUCGCAGGAUGCGGGAUGUGAAAGUAGACAGAAACGGCAUGACAUGCUACGAUGAAGAAAUAACCAGGAUCAUCGACUACACAUACGACUAUGAGAUUACCUCUCCUCUAGCAUGGACGCGUGCGACUUCAGCUUUACUCGAUGCUAUCGGAGCGGGUCUCGAAAGCAUCACCACAAGUUCCGAACUCUCUCAACUUGUGGGACCUACUUUCCCUUCUCCGGAUACUAUUCCCAAUGGUUUUAAGUUGCCUGGAACAAAUUAUCAGCUUGAUAUGGUGAAGGGGGCUUUCGAUAUGGGUGCUAUGAUUAGAUAUCUUAAUCAUAAUGAUGCCUAUUUAGGGGCAGAAUGGACUCAUCCAUCUGGUAUGAUGCCAACCUCUUUUAUUAUGCAUCGAAUAAUUUUCUGACCUUCUUUGAGAUAACCUCGGAGCCAUUCUGUCAACAGCCGAUGUUCUCAGUCGUGUAGCCACGUCAAAAGACGACCAAGACUCCAUUCUAACCAUGCGCCAUGUCCUCAUCGCUCUCAUCAAAGCCUACGAAAUUCAAGGCUGUUUCCAAGGCAAAAAUGCCUUCAACAAAGCUGGUCUUGACGACAUCAUACUCGUCAAAGUAGCUUCCACAGCCGUCGUAUCCUGGCUGAUGAAACUUCCAAAAGCACAAGCUAAAGCCGCCGUCUCCCACGCUUGGAUCGAUGGUAACCCUCUCCGUGCAUAUCGUCAAGCACCCAAUGUUGGACCUAGAAAAAACUGGGCAGCGGGCGAUGCAUGUAUGCGAGCGGUACAGCUCGCACUCAUGGCGAAGACGGGACAACCCGGUGUUAAAACCGCAUUGAGUGCUCCACGAUCGGGUUUCUACGAUGUGCUAUUCAGAGGUAACACAUUUGAGCUCCCGCGACCAUUCGGCACCUCCGUGAUCGAAAAUGUAUUUUUCAAAGUGUACACUGCAGAAAGCCACGGCAUGACUGCACUCGAGGCCGCACUAUGGGUAUGCACCGAACUAAAAGAAAAGAAAUUAUCCACAACCGAUAUCAAAAGUAUCCAAGUGCGCACGCAGGAAGCAGCAAUGGUAAUAAUGAACAAACAAGGAGCGCUUCACACACCCUCCGACCGCGACCACAGCCUCGGCUACAUGAUCGCCAUCACUCUUCUCAAAAACGCAUUACCAGAAGCAGAAGAUUACCAAAACACCAGUUCCUGGUCCAAAGAUCCCCGCGUAGAAGAACUGAGAGAUAAAGUCUCCAUCAAAGAAGAUGCAGAAUUUACACAAGAUUUCCAUAAUCAGGACUUACGCAGUCUCGCCAACGCAAUUAAAGUUACUCUAAACGACGACACGGAAUUAGAAGAAAUCGUGAUACAUUUCCCGCAAGGCCACGCGAGGAGAAGAGAAAGUCUGGCAUUGGUGGAGCAGAAAGCGAGGAGGAAUUUUGCGCGGAAAUUAAGUGAGGGGAGAAUUGAGAGGAUUUUGGAAAUUUCAAAGAGUAUGGAGUUUUUUGGUAUGCCGGUUUGUGAGUUUGUGGAUUUGUUUGUGCCGGAUAGGGAUACGGAUACGGAUAGGGAAUGAGGGGGUUUCGGGGGCGGUUUGUCAAGGGUUCGUUUUAGGGAUAGAUUGGUUGGGUUGGUUAGGUGGCAGUUAUAUUUGGCUUGGGGGUGAAUAGGUAUUUGUGGAUUACAUGGUUUGAAUGGGAUCGAAUGGUGAGAAGGGAUUGGAUUGGGCAAUAACAGAUUUGUUUAAUAUACUGAAGUCUGCUGGUGUAUUUCUCUCAAGUGGAAGAGUGGACGGGGGAAAAAUCAAAAUGAAGUUAACGUUGGAAUAUUGUACUUGUCGCGCAAAUCUGAAUGAAUUUGGAGCACCAAGGACCAAUGUAGUCGCACCCAUUAAAAUUCGCGUAGA